AUGGGUCGAAAGUCGCAAGAGAAGCCGCCGUUCACGCAGCCCGUCGAAAAAGAUCAGCCGGCGUGGCGGUCUCGAUCUAGAAUGCUGCGCUCAUCUACGCCAAGUCCCGCUGUAGCUGCAACCCCCUUGCCGUCUAACAAGAGCUUGACGACGAACGGAGGUGCUUACGUCUCGCAAACGUGCUUUGAUCCAACUCCACAACUGCAGACCGAACAAUACAACCAAGGAAAUGUUACACCUCAGUGUAUGCGGCCGUCCGGCGGGCUCAAUUCACAGCGUACACUGCAAGGCUAUGAGGAGGUGCAACAAGAUUAUUAUGACGUUGACGAAGGCACUUACAACAUUAACCAAGAUAAUGUGUCAUCAGUGAACUCGGACCUUUCCUACGCCUACAACAAGCACCAGGCGAUCCCGCAAACGCCGCCACACAUCAGAAAUCUGGCCUUCAACACACCGCGCUACAAUGCUGUUCGCACGCCAAACAUGAAGACGAAUAUGACAUUCAUCAACCAACCCGCCAAGUUGGCCCUCUCGUUCAACAUGGACGAGCCGUUGUUUCGCGAGAAUACGAUGCCGCACUUUGAUCGAUCCGUGCUCUCUGAACGCUCCCAGAACGACCUGUCCUACAGAUCUCAGCACGAAUUAGCCAUGGACACGGAUGACGUUUCUGCCUCUAAGAAGCGCUGUGUGGAGGGCAGCAUUGAUUUGGUGGACUCGUUUGGUGAAUUGGAGCCACGCCGACGGUCUGCGAAAGUUGAGCGUGAACCAGUGAAGAAGUUGCCUGACACCGAGCUGCGUUGGUUGUCGCCGGGAGAGACAAUUCGUCCUCCACAUGGCGGUCCGGUGGAUAUUGUGGCGCAGCGCGGGAUGGCCUUUGUUCAUCGAGGAGAGUCUGGCAAGAUGGUGCUGGCUGACGGGCCCGAAGUUGACGCGAUUAUGGUGGCAGCCAACGAAUUUGAGCAACUUCCUGUGGAUUUCCUGGAAGACGUCUUCGAGGUUACGGCCAAGAAUGCAGUGACUGAAGCUGGCGACGAAAAGCAGGCCCCACUUGUAAAGGCUGGAGACAAUUUUGCGGCGCUUUGCCAAGAUUAUAUCACCGUGCACGCCAGAUACGACCGAGCUGCCGAGGUGGGGCUUUGGAAUCUGGCCGAGCUGCUCUUCAAGCCAAACGACAUGGACCAAUCACUAUAUGACUGGGAUCGUGAGCGUUCGUACCAGCUGGAUUUGUGGCUGUGUAAAAUGUUGGAAUUUGAACAACCGGUGACGCUCUGGGACUACGUAACGCAAGGAAAAGUCGACAUGCUGGUCGAAUCGCCAGAAUUCUCACGAUUUACCGUCGUACUGUUCUUGCAGUUGAGCAACGACAUCGUGGUGCGCAAGAAGGCCCAGAAGCAGAUCGCUCAUUGGCGUGAAAGCCAACAGUUGGAGCUCAUCGAAGAGAACGAGCUCAAAGUGUAUAUGGCCCUCGGACUCCAAGUGCGUUACCUUGGCGCUGAACUGGAGCCCAUCUCCGAGUCGGUCCAGCGGCUAUUGAAAGACAGCGAGGACGGGCAUUUCACGUUGCCCAGCAAAGAGGUCGCCUGGGAAUUGAUCCGGUUCGGUUGCCAUGAACAAAAUCGCGCCCUUGACGUCACCGUACGGGCAACAAUUCCCAGCCGCAGAGUGUCGAAUUAUUAUCUUGGCUGGCACCUCUGGACGGUCGUUCGAACAUCCGGUGAUUGGCGAAUGAAGCGCUCCUAUGAAGACGAGCUGACGGUGGAUUACGCCGAGCAACUCGCCAGCUAUGGAGCCCUUCAUCUGGCCGUUUUCGUCCUCUGCCACAUAACUGAUUCGGCUAGCCGUGAAUCCGCCGUCCGUUCUCUACUCGAGCGCAACGCAAUGAGGCUGAACGAGCGAAUCGUGGGCAGGCUGUGUCGAUACGUGAAUAUCCCAUCCACAUGGAUUCACUCGGCACUUGCCCUCCAGGCUAAGCAGAAGGGCCGAUCAGCCUCGUAUUUCGAGCAUCUGGUGCACGCCGAGGAGUGGAUCGACGCCGAGCACGUUUACACCGAAAAGUUGGCGCCGAUGGCCAUUGAAUUGGAUGACUACAACGCCCUUCGACGGUUCACCAGUCUGCUGCUCUCGAACAAGACACCGCAAAAGGCUCACAUCCCCGUCACGUCGUUGUACUCUGAAUACUGCCGUCUGUACGAGCUGAUCUCCUCCCACGGCGCCGCCCGAACCCCCGAGGUGGAACAACUCUGCGACUCGAUCGAUGCCCGUCUCGACAAUGAGGAGCAGUUGUCGCCAUUGCAGAGCUCGGCCCGGUCGAUGAUUGGGCUGACGAUGAUGCGACUGCGGCGGCGGAUCGGGGCUCAGCCCUGGGUGGACGGCGGUGAGCUGGGCAAGCGGUGCUACCGUCUCGGAAUCUCUAUCAUCGAUAUGGCCAUGUGCGACCGCGGCGGCCCGUCGAUCCUC